AUGGUUCUCCAAGUGAAAAGCAACACUGCAAUGUACAAUGUCCCCAGAUACGGAGACAUACUCAACAUCUUCUUCGCGGACCUACUAGGAACAAGCAAAAGUGGCGAGAAGAACCCAAUCGUCGGAUCCUGGUUUCGAAUUGAGAAAGGACCUGAAUCUACGCCUCCGACAUACUCGUAUGAUGAGGUUGGGGUGGUCAUUGAGGGGGAAAUCACUCUCCGUGAUGAAACUGGACAGACCGUUACAGUGAGGCCAGGUGAAACAUUCUUCUUCCCGAGGGGCAGUACUAUCACUUUCUCCACGGAUAGUUAUGAGUUGGCGUGGAAGUGUGGGGGUCGUGAGAUGGCGAGGCUUUGA